AUGAGAUUGCUGUCAGGGAGAAAUCGCGUGUGUGGCGCCAUUGCUGGCUCGCUUUUCUGCGCCAGCGCCGUAGCUCAGAAUUGUGUUAAUGAGACAAUCACCGCAGCCAUUCCUACAGAUGCGUCCAUUGCACUUCAGUCAUACAGCUAUUGUGGUGGAAAUCUCAGCGUGGUUGCCUACGUCAAGAAUGUAGAUUAUGACAAGAUUGUGACGCUUUAUUGGACCAAUGCCGAUGGAGUAUCAACGCCCCUGAAUGCAUUUACUCUUGGCUUCCAAUCUCAAGCCAACCCAGACUGGAGUUGGGAGCUGUGGGGUGCAUCAGGCAGUCUUUACCCUGACGGCAUAACCAGCUUUGUCAACAUCACCUACCAGGCGCUUGAUGUUGGACAGACAUAUGUUCAACAGCUGGGCCAAAAGGUAAUCGCUACUGGCGCUGCCAUUCCCAACAGCCCUCAGCCUCCAGUGUACACGGCAUACGCGACGCCAAAGUUCUUCUCAGAUGAUAUCACACAGUGGAUUGCCGCAAACAACAACAGCGAAGCUGGCAUCAGUAAGACACGCAUGUUCAACAACAUUGACAUUCCCGGCGCCGCUCCCGGAACCGUCAUUGCCGCGCAGAGCUACACUGCCCCCGACUAUGCUUACCACUGGGUCCGGGACGCCUCGUUGACCAUGGAUGUCGUCAAUACCAUGUACUCUCUCACGACCAACAAGGCACGGAAGCAAUUCUACCAGAACCUUCUCUUCCAGUACGCUGCCGCUGGCGCUCAAGAGCAAAACGAUCCCGGUCUGCAGACCGGUCUUGGCGAGCCCAAGUUCAACCUGGACAAUUCCAUCUUCACAGGCCCCUGGGGACGGCCUCAAAACGACGGACCCGCCACUAGAGCCAUUACUCUGAUGGAGUUUUCCUAUGCGUACCUUGCCUCUGGAGGGUCCAAGCAAACGGUUCGCGAAAAGCUAUACGACUCGAACAACUACCCCAAGGUUGCACCCAUGAUCCGUGACUUGCAAUUUGUCGCGACCAACUGGUCUUCCCCGUCCUUUGACCUCUGGGAAGAAGAGCCGUCCGACCACUUUUACACGCGCAUGGUCCAGCGACGUGCCCUAGUCAUGGGAUCCCAAUUCGCAAGCUUCAUGGGCGACAGCGCUCUCAGCAAGACCUUGUCGGAUGCCGCUGCCGCCUUGUCCGCAACUCUUUCCCAGUUUUGGGACCCCCUCCGCCAGUUGAUCCUGUACGAGUACGGGCCCGUCAUGCGCGGAAAGUCUUCGUACAAGGACAUUGCCGUCGUCCUGGGUGUCCUGCACGGCUACGCCGGCGAUGGCGUGUACUCAUACACCAAUGACCAAGUCUUGGUGUCUGCCUACCAGAUUGCCACCUCUUUCCUGGACGUCUUUCCGAUAGCCACUUCUGCCACCAAGGAUGCUAAUGGCAACCCCUUGGGUAUUGCUGUCGGUCGCUACCCCGAAGACGUCUACGACGGCGUCUCCACCAGCCUCGGCAACCCCUGGUAUCUCGCCACCAGCGCCAUGGCCGAGCUGCUAUACCGCGCCUCCAUUGAAUUCGCCACGUCCACCUCCAUCACCGUUACCACCACGUCCCUGCCUUUCUGGAAAUACUUUGCCGCAGACGUCAACGUCUCCACGACCACUUACCAUAUCUGGGACCCGCAAUUCUACGAGCUCCUCGCCGCCCUCCAGGGCUGGGGCGACGCCUUUUUGCGCCGCGUCAAAUAUCAUACCCCCUCCAACGGCCACCUCACCGAGGAAUUCAACCGCGUGACUGGCCAGCCCCAGGGCGCAGCGGACCUUACGUGGAGCUAUGCCGCGCUCCUGACGGCCUCGUUUGCGCGUGAGACCGCCAGAGCGAAUCUGUUGUAUCCUACCGAGAUUGCGAAUCUGUAG